CUGUCUCCAAAAGAAACGACAAAGCCCCAGCCGUUAAGUCUUUUUUUAACUAUCUAGCAGAAGCUAAAAUUGUAUUUGCCAAGGUGAGAUUUGGGAACAUGGUUGACAACCACAAGACAACAUAUAUAUUCAUAUUAUGUAAUUUCUGUUGUUGUGAUGUAAUAACAGUUUUUCUUCUAUUUAUAAAUUUAAGGUUACGGAUCACUUGACUUUCUAUAUCAAAUGAUUACCCAAACUCUUGCAACUGACAAGUCUAUUUUGGAUUAGUUUGAUUUAAUUAACUAAUUAAUCCAGACCUUUAGUCUUAUGGAUCCGUUGCGUAAUGAUCGGAAGAUUUGCUGUUUCUCGAAAAACCAGCAAGAAGUAGAAUAGAUUCAAAAUUAUAACCAACGUCAACGUGUGUGUUACGUAUAUAAAUACAUGUUGAAAUGUAUUACAAAUUCACAAAACAUUCAAACACAAGAUAAAGACACCACCGUCUUACAAGAACUACAUACAUUGUUUCAAAGCUCUUUGUUUUUGAAAAUGAAGAUUGUUAGAUUCACCGUCGCUGUCUUUUUUGUACUUGUCUCUGUCUCAUCAUCUAACGCCGCAGUUGCACCUCCUAGCGGUGGAGGCAGCGGAGGAGGAGAUGCUCGGGCACUGCCGUGUAUACAGAAACUUAAGUCGUGUCAGCCGUAUCUCCACUCGGUGAUUCCACCACUGCCUGCAUCGUGUUGCCUGUCGAUGAAGGAGAUGGUCGCCAACGAUGCUCCGUGUCUUUGCUCCGUGUUCAACAACGUGGAUAUGCUCAAAUCGCUUAACCUCACUAAAGACAACGCUCUUGAUAUCCCUAAAGCUUGUGACGCCGAGCCUGACAUCUCACUAUGCAAAGCCAGCCCCGCGGAUGCUUUUAAAUUCUGUGUUGACCAAGGUCCUACUACGAAUUCGACGUCGUCCACACCGACAAGCUCUGCUCCGGCCAUUCACUUCGCCGGACUAAGCUUCGCAUCGACUAUCGUGGCAUUGGCAACAACCUUCUUCUGAUCUACUACUAUAUAUUACAUUUACGUCUUUAUUCAUUGUUAGACGAUAGGUUUAAUCUGUUUGAACUUAUUUUUGGUUACUUAAUAUUCAUAUGUUGUGUUCAAAAAGAAAAACUUAAUAUUCAUAUGUAAUGAGAAAAUCUAUCUAUAUAUAAUAGCAAACCCACUUUUUGUCUCUGAUGAAGUCAGCAUUUUUUUCAUAGGAAAAUAAAAGUUAAAUCGAAUGGUAGAAAUGGUUUCCUUACACAAUCCAAUGGUCAAGUUUUCAAUUCAUUUAAAAGUAUGACAUCAUCAAUUACUAAUCUAAACAGUGUGUCGACUUAACGUUUCAUUUGUGAAUCAUUGCUUCUCAAAAGUCACAAACCUGAUCCAAGUUGUCCUUCGCCUCGGUUCCCUAAGAAUCCUAUCACUACCAACCUACAACCUUGGUCGUGAACCAAUAUAUGGGAGAGACGGAGGAGCUUUGUCUUGGUGGCAGGCAGUAUGUGUGGCUGGAGCUUGGAGGUGCAUAAUCAUUGAUGUCGAGACUAGAAGGAUUCUGAUCAAGAAUGAUCUUAAAACCUUUCUGCCGAAUUUAGAUUAUUCAGUUAAGCUUCACGCCCUCUUUGGUUGGUUACUUGGGUUGUCUAAAUUGGAGUACUUUUUAUUUUGCUUAUUUAUAUGCAUACAUAGAAAAGGAUCAAGGAGUUAGUCUUGAAUCUUCUCUGUCAUCAAGCUUCAUCAACAUCCACUGUAACAAUUGAAUUACUUCUUGGUCAUAGACUUUCUUCUGUUUCGCCACUCUCUUGUAUUGAUUAACCUUAAGUAAAUUGAGCUUGAGGUUUGGGGCGGUCUCGGUGUAUUUUCUAUGGACAUUGGCAUUAUACCAGUCUAAAUAAAUUCCUGAGCCUGAAAAUUCUCAUUGUUCAUUGGUUUAGUGCGCGAAUAUGGAUAGUUGUUAGGUUAGAGAUUGGAUUUAUUUUCUCAUAAAAACAACGUUGGUGAGCUUUGCUUUGCUUCAUGAUCUUCAUCAUCUCAAGCUAUCCUUUGCACCGGGUAGUCUGCCUCAUUCAGCUUCCACCAUAAUGUUUUUGGAAUGGGCCAAAAUAUAUACAUAUUUAAAAAAUAAUAAAAUGAGGAUAAUUUGGUAUUGUUAGGUGAAAUUGGAGAACAUGGUUGACGACUACAAGAAAACAUA